AUGGACAAAGAAAACAGAAAUAUUUCAUCCAAAGCUGUUGAUGUGAAUAUAUCCAAUAUCUCAGUUCAGGUCAUCAGUGCCCCAGGGAAGUUGCCAGGGAGACGACCACCAAGAAAACCCAUCGCCGGAGCCAAAGCCAAGAAGCAACUCAAGAAGAAAGCUCCCUUUUGGAACGUCCAAAACAAAAUCAUUCUUUUCACAGUAUUUUUAUUCAUCCUAGCGGUCAUAGCCUGGACACUGCUGUGGCUCUACGUCAGUAAGACUGAAAGCAGAGAUGCUUUUUACUUUGCUGGGAUGUUUCGCAUCACCAACAUUGAGUUUCUUCCUGAAUACCGACAGAAGGAGUCCAGGGAAUUUCUGUCAGUGGCGCAGACUGUGCGGCAAGUGAUAAACCUGGUUUAUACAACAUCUGCCUUCUCCGAAUUUUACAAGCAGUCUGUAGUUGCAGAUGUCAGCAGUAACAACAAAGGUGGCCUCCUUGUCCACUUCUGGCUUGUAUUUGUCAUGCCUCAUGCCAAGGGCCACAUCUUCUGUGAGGACUGUGUGGCUGCUAUCUUGAAGGACUCCAUCCAGACAAGCAUCAUAAACCGGACCUCUGUGGGGAGCCUGCAGGGUCUGGCUGUGGACAUGGACUCCGUGGUACUAAAUGCUGGUCUUCGGUCAGAUUACUCUUCAACCAUAGGAUCUGACAAAGGCUGCUCCCAGGACUUCUACGCAGAUCACCUGUCUCUCCGCUACCCUCUGGAGAUUUCAACAACCUCAGGGAGGCUGCGGUGCCACUUCAAGCUGGUGGCCAUAGUGGGCCAUCUGAUCCGACUCUCGAUAGAGUCUGUCCAGAUUGAAGCCGACAGCUGUGUCACUGACUCCCUGACCAUUUAUGACUCUCUCUUGCCAAUCCGGAGCACCAUCUUGUACAGAAUUUGUGAACCUACAAGAACAUUAAAAUCAUUUGUUUCCACAAAUAAUCUCAUGUUGGUGACAUUUAAGUCUCCUCAGGUAUGGAGGCUAUCAGGAAUUCGGGCAUAUUUUGAAGUCAUUCCAGAACAAAAAUGUGAAAACACAGUGUUGGUCAAAGAAAUCACUGGUUUUGAAGGGAAAUUUUCAAGUCCAUAUUACCCAAGCUACUAUCCUCCGAAAUGCAAGUGUACCUGGAAAUUUCAGUCUCCCCUGUCAACUCUUGGCAUAGCACUGAAAUUCCAUAACUAUUCAAUAACCAAGAAGAGUAUGAAAGGCUGUGACCAUGGAUGGUGGGAAAUCAAUGAGCACAUGUACUGCGGCUCCUACAUGGAUCACCAGACGAUUUUCCGCGUGCCCAGUCCUCUGGUUCACGUUCAGCUGCAGUGCAGUUCAAGGCUUUCGGACAAGCCGCUUUUGGUGGAAUAUGGCAGUUACAACAUCAGUCAACCCUGUCCUGUUGGAUCUUUCAGAUGCUCCUCCGGUUUGUGUGUCCCUCAGGCACAGCGAUGUGAUGGAGUAAAUGACUGCUUUGAUGAAAGCGAUGAACUCUUCUGUGUGACUCUUAAACCUGCCUGCAAUGCCAGCUCCUUCAGGCAGCACAGCCCUCUGAUCUGUGACGGCUUCCAGGACUGUGAGGACGGCCAGGAUGAGCAGAACUGCACUCACAGUAUUCCAUGCAAUGACAGAACUUUUAAGUGUGGCAAUGAUGUUUGCAUUAGGAAACAAAAUGCAAAAUGUGAUGGCAACAUGGACUGUCCGGAUAGGACCGAUGAAGAAGGAUGUCGCUGCACCAGCAGUUCCCCCACCCUCCACCGGAUCAUCGGGGGCACCGACACCCAGGAGGGGGGCUGGCCGUGGCAAGUCAGCCUCCACUUCGUUGGAUCUGCCUACUGUGGCGCCUCAGUCAUCUCCAGGGAGUGGCUCCUCUCUGCUGCCCACUGUUUCCAUGGAAGCAGGCUGUCUGAUCCCACACCGUGGACUGCGCACCUUGGCAUGUAUGUGCAGGGGAAUGCCAAGUUCAUCUCCCCAGUGAGAAGAAUUGUGGUCCAUGAAUACUAUAACAGCCAGACCUUUGACUAUGAUAUUGCCUUGCUACAGCUCAGUGUCGCCUGGCCUGAGACCCUGAAGCAGCUCAUCCAGCCAAUAUGCAUUCCUCCUGCCGGCCAGAAAGUGCGCAGUGGAGAGAAGUGCUGGGUGACCGGCUGGGGGCGCAGGCACGAAGCAGACAAUAAAGGCUCCCCUGUUUUGCAGCAAGCAGAGGUAGAACUCAUUGACCAAACCCUCUGUGUUUCCACCUAUGGCAUCAUCACUUCGAGGAUGUUCUGUGCGGGUGUCAUGUCAGGCAAGAAAGAUGCUUGCAGAGGAGAUUCAGGUGGACCUUUAUCCUGUCGAAGAAAGAGUGAUGGAAAAUGGAUUUUGACUGGCAUUGUUAGCUGGGGUCAUGGAUGUGGAAGACCAAACUUUCCUGGUGUUUACACAAGGGUGUCAAACUUUGUUCCCUGGAUUCAUAAAUAUGUCCCUUCUCUUUUGUAA